CAAAUAUUCCAUGGAAAGGUCAAGCGGGAUAAUUUCAAAUUCAGAAAAAGGGAAAUGCCUGGAGGUCAGUGGGGAGGAAGAGGUCACUUGGAUAGCCACGUAGGGCAGACAGUAAAGCAAGCCUCACCCUGUGAGGAAGGAAACAGUCACUUGAAUCAAAGCACCACCAAACAAGGGAUCAGAAAUAGUUUUGAUCUCCAUGAGAAUCCAAGAAUAUCAGUGGUGGAAAAGCCCCAUUGAGCUGUAUAUUUUGGGAAAAGCAGAGGUUACAGAUCACAGCUGAUUAUGCACGAGAGGACCCACACCGGAGAUAAACCCUACCAGUGUCCUCAAUGCAGCAAAAGCUUUAGCAAGCAUACCACCCUGGUGAAUCACCAGAGGACUCACACCAGGGAGAAACUGUAUGAGUGUCCGGAUUGUGGGAAAAGUUUUUGUUUGAAUUCCAGCCUGGUGAACCACCAGAGGACUCACACAGGAGAGAAACCGUAUGAGUGUCCGGACUGUGGGAAAAGUUUUUGUUUGAAUUCCAGCCUGGUGAACCACCAGAGGACUCACACAGGAGAGAAACCGUACGAGUGUCCAGAUUGUGGGAAAAGUUUCAGUCAGAAUUCCAGCUUGGUGAAACACCAGAGGACUCACACAGGAGAGAAACCGUAUGAGUGUCCGGAUUGUGGGAAAAGUUUCAGUCAGAAUUCCCACUUGGUGAAUCACCAGAGAACUCACACAGGAGAGAAACCAUAUGAGUGUCCGGGUUGUGGGAAAAGUUUCAGUCAGAAUUCCAGCCUGGUGAGACACCAGAGGACUCACACAGGAGACAAACCGUAUGAGUGUCCCGAUUGUGGGAAAAGUUUCAGUCAGAAUUCCAAGCUUGUGGGACACAAGAGGAUUCACACAGGAGAGAAACCGUAUGAGUGUCCGGAUUGUGGGAAAAGUUUCAGUCGGCAUUCCAACCUGGUGAAUCACCAGAGGACUCACACAGGAGAGAAACCGUAUGAGUGUCUGGAUUGUGGGAAAACUUUCAGUGGGAAUUCCAAGCUGGUGAACCACCAGAGGACUCACACAGGAGAGAAACCCUAUCAGUGUCUGGAUUGUGGGAAAAGUUUCAGUUGGCAUUCCAACCUGGUGAACCACCAGAGGACUCACACAGGAGAGAAACCGUAUGAGUGUCCGGAUUGUGGGAAAAGUUUCAGUGAGAAUUCCAAGCUGGUGGGACACCAGAGGACUCACACAGGAGAGAAACCGUAUGAGUGUCCGGAUUGUGGGAAAAGUUUCAGUUGGCAUUCCAACCUGGUGAACCACCAGAGGACGCACACAGGAGAGAAACCGUAUGAGUGUCCAGAUUGUGGGAAAAGUUUCAGUCAGGAUUCCCACCUGGUGAGACACCAGAGGACUCACACAGGAGAGAAACCGUUUGAGUGUCCGGAUUGUGGGAAAGGUUUCAGUCAGAAUUCCCACCUGGUGAACCACCAGAGGACUCACACAGGAGAGAAACCGUUUGAGUGUCUGGAUUGUGGGAAAAGUUUCAGUCAGAAUUCCUGCCUGGUUAAACACCAGAGGACUCACACAGGAGAGAAACCAUAUGAGUGUCUGGAUUGUGGGAAAAGUUUCAGUCAGAAUUCCAACCUGGUGAAACACCAGAGGACUCACCCAGGAGAGAAAUUGUAUGAGUGCCCCGAUUGUGGGAAAACUUUCAGUCAUAAUUCUGGCCUGGUGAGACACCAGAGGACUCACACAGGAGAGAAACCGUUUCCAUACAAAUGCACCAAAUGCGGCAAAAGCUUUACUUGGAACAGCUCCCUGGUAGUUCAUCGAAGGACCCACACUGGAGAGAAGCCAUACCAGUGUUCUCAAUGUGGCAAAAGCUUUACCAGGCAUGCCACCCUGGUGUAUCACAAGAGGGCUCACACCGGAGAGAAACCGUAUGAGUGUCUGGCUUGUGGGAAAAGUUUCAUUCGGAAUUCACACCUGGAGAGACACCAGAGGACUCACACAGGAGAGAAACCAUAUAAGUGUCCAGUUUGUGGGAAUAAUUUCAGUCAGAAUUCCACCCUGGUAAAACACCAGAGGACUCACACAGGAGAGAAACCGUAUGAGUGUCCAGAUUGUGGGAAGAGUUUCAGUUGGGAGUCGAACCUGGUGAUACACCAGAGGACUCACACAGGAGAGAAACCAUAUGCGUGUCGAGAUUGUGGGAAACGUUUCAGUCGGAAUUCCCACCUGGUGAGGCACCGGAGGACUCACACAGGAGAGAAACCAUAUGAGUGUCCGGAUUGUGGGAAAAGUUUCAGUCGAAAUUCCCACCUGGUGAUACACCGGAGGAUUCACACAGGAGAAAAACCGUAUGAGUGUCCAGAUUGUGGGAAAAGUUUCAGUCAGAAUACCAGCCUUGUGAUACACCAGAGGACUCACACAGGAGAGAAACCGUAUGAGUGUCCAGAUUGUGGGAAAUGUUACACUUGGAAUUCUGAACUGGUGAUACACCAGAGGACUCACACAGGGGAGAAACCGUAUGAGUGUCCUGAUUGUGGGAAAAGUUUCAGUCGGAAUUCUGAACUCAUGAUACACCAGAGGACUCACACAGGAGAGAAACCGUAUGAGUGUCCAGAUUGUGGGAAAAGUUUCAGUCAGAAUUGUCACCUGGUGAUGCACCAGAGUACUCACACAGGAGAGAAACCGUAUAAGUGUCUAGACUGUGGGAAAAGUUUCAGUCAGAAUUCCAGCCUGCUGAAACACCAGAGGACUCAUACAGGAGAGAAACCAUAUGAGUGUCCAGAUUGUGGGAAAACUUUCAGUCAGGAUUCCAACCUUGUGAAACACCAGAGGACUCACACAGGAGAGAAACCCUAUGAGUGUCUGUAUUGUGGGAAAACUUUCAGUCAGAAUUGUCACCUGGUGAUGCACCAGAGUACUCAUGCAGGACGGAAGCUGCAUAAGUGUUCAGAUUGUUGGAAAAGUUUCAGUCGGAAAUCCGAACUGAUGAGACACCAGAGGACUCAUACAGGAGAGAAACUCUAUGAAUGUCUGGAUUGUGGGAAAACUUUCCAUCAGAAAUGUCACCUUGUGAUGCACCAGAGGACUCACACAGGAGAGAUAGCAUAUGAGUGUCUGGAUUGUGGGAAAAGUUUCAGUCAGAAUUCCCACCUGGGGAUUCACCAGAGGACUCACACAGGGGAGAAACCAUAUGAAUGUCUGGAUUGUGGGAAAAGUUUCAGUCGGAAAUCUGAACUCAUGAGACAUCAGAGGACUCACACAGGAAAGAAACUCUAUGAGUGUUCAGAUUGUGAGAAAAGUUUCAUUUGGAAUUCUGAGCUGGUGAUGCACCAGAGGACUCACACAGGAGAGAAACCGUAUGAGUGUUCAGAUUGUGGGAAAAGUUUCAGUCGGAAAUCCUACCUGGCAGUACACCAGAGGACUCACACAGGAGAGAAACCGUAUGAGUGUUCAGAUUGUGGGAAAAGUUUCAGUCGGAAAUCCGACCUGGUGAUACACCAGAGGACUCACACUGGAGAGAGACCAUAUGAGUGUCCGGAUUGUGGGAAAGAUUUCAGUCUUAGGUCUAGCCUUAUAAAUCACGUACGUUUACACAUAGGAGAGAAACCAUUCAAAUGCCCAGACUGUGGACGGCACUUCAGUCAAAAUUCCUCCCUUAUCACACACAAGAAAAUGCACCUCAGGCAGAAGGUGAUGAGUGUAGAGGAGGCUUGAAUUUCACUUCUCAUCUCCCAUUGGACAUCGAGCUGAAAAGUUUAGUGUUUAAUUUCUGGUCUGAUUCUUUGUAGUCAAACAUGUGUCAGUACUAGAAAUGAGGGAGGAGAGAAAAGAAUGGAAAAUGUUAGUUUGAGAAAGACUAACUACACGUAUCUGGCUAUCAGCAGAACUUCCCAGUAAGCUGCUGCAGGUCCUAAAUGAUUCAUGAAAAAAAGAUAGGAGCAGUCAGAAUUUAUAAGAAUAUAUUUUAGAGACGUUUGUGGCAGUGACAAACGCCCUGUAAAGUUUCAGAUGGAAAGGCUGUUCUGCCUUGCAGCUGAACAUGAUGGAUAAGAGCUGUAGGAAUAUUGAGUUUAGGAGAAAAGGCAUUGUGGGUCUGAGCGUAGGAUCUCCAGGUGUAGGAACAGCCCCUGCUGUGAUUGUGUUUGCCUGGAGGUGCCUGCUUGUUACCCUUGGAUGGCUGUUGCUGAUAGCAGCGCCAAGAGGCUGACCCUUUUGUUACAUCCCCCUUGACGGUGGAGAUGGGAGGAAAAAAUUGCACAGUGGAAGAUGUUUCAUGUCUAGAAAUGGAUUGUGUAAGAACCAUUCAUGGCUUUUGAGAAGGAAAGAAACUGGGUGGUGUCAGCGUUGCUGUGAACGUGGGGCCAAGGUAAGGCAAAGCUCCCUUCCCAAGACAUGGGAGAUGCUUCCAUUUCUUUCUCUCCUCUUUCAGGGCCUUUUUUCCUGUUUUCGCCAAAAUUCAAGAGAGGAGCAUUAUUUGGAGCAGCUAAGUGGCAUUUUAGCUAUGCGGAUUAAUGAUCCUGAUUUUGCUGAGUUCACAAGACACCAAAGAAUUCAAGGCUUGUUCAUUUUAGGAACCCAAUUCAGAGAUCAGGUUAUAAUACUUUUUUUCCCUAGUUGAUCACUUUGCUUAUGAUCCCUUUGCAGAAGGACAGCCAACAGCCAGGACCAGGCCAGGGGUGGGGAGGAAGCAAGAGGUUCUUUUGUCCUGAGCCUCAAGCUUUAAGUGGCUUCAAAUGUAAACCUCUCCAAAGUUGUUUAACUUUAAAAUAUUCAAAUUACUUUUAAUCCUCUCUUCUUUCUUCUCUCUUGCUCUUUUUUGGUGGCGUAUUUUUGUGCACACCUGUUAUGACGUCCCAUUUUAUUAUGGGUAGUUGCUGCAAAAUCUUCUUUCCUUAAGGAUUUAUUUUGUAAGUUUGUCAUUUUGGGGGCAUUGCCCACUCUUAGGCUAUAUCCUCUUGGAUAUGGAUGCUGUCAGUGCAUUUACAGAAAGAUCCAUCUUGCAGUCGGGACUUUUCUCUUAGAAGAUAGAGAUACAGAAGCCCUGCUCAGGACCGCCAGUAUCUUGUUCUCAUCCCGUUCUUGAAUUUCUCCCCAUAGUUAGUGGUUGGCUCUUAGUAUUAACUGAAGAUAUAUCAAUUCUGUUCAAUAUAUACUCUGCAUGUGUGUUCCCUUCCUGUGAGUAAACAAAUGUGUUUCCUCCUCCUCUCCUUUUUCUUUUUCUUCUUUCCUUUUGUAAGUAAACAAAUGAUGUGUUCCCUUCUUGUGAAUAAACAAACAUAAAGCUUC